AUGUCUAUUGAAACAGGAAUCGACGGGUGGUUGCGCUAUGCUGCGCUACCAGAAGGUAUUUCUGCUCAGUACAAACGGAUUUCUUCGAUUGUUGCGUCCGCAAAUGUGGAAACAAGCCCUGUGUACACCGCGGGGAAAGAGCUGCAAGAUGGUUUGAGACGAAUCCUUGGCCAGGAGGUGGAGACAUCCUUCGAAAUCAACAGUGUUCCUACAUCCGCCAUCGUUGUCAGUACUAUUGAUGCAUUGCCCACAGCGCUGAUCACUGCGCAAGUACCUAAGCUCAAGGAAGAUGGCUUCUGGCUGAAUACACAAGCUGAGAAUGAUUGCAUUCACAUCAUCGGUCAAAAUGAGCGUGGAGCCUUAUACGGUGCUUUCGAAUAUCUGAUGCGAUUGGCUCAAGGGAAUUUUGAACCUAUUUCGGCUGCAAACAAUCCAAGCGCUCCUAUACGAUGGGUCAACCAAUGGGACAACCUCGAUGGAAGUAUUGAGAGAGGAUAUGGGGGGCUCUCAAUAUUCUUCAAAGACGGUGAGAUAGUUGAAGACAUGAAACGUAUCGCCCAGUUUGCCCGCCUUCUUUCGUCCAUUCGCCUGAACGCCGUGGUGGUAAAUAACGUCAAUGCCAACCCGAAGCUUUUCAGCAAAACAAAUCUUGAUGGGCUGCGUCGUAUUGCGGAUACUAUGAGACCAUGGGGCCUACGUAUCGGAAUCUCACUCUACUUCGACUCCCCAAGAGAAUUCGGUGGCCUACCAACUUCAGACCCCCUUGAUCCCGCUGUCAACAACUGGUGGAAAGAUAUCACGGAGAAGCUUUAUGAGAAGGUGCCUGACCUCAUUGGAUACACAAUCAAAGCAAACUCGGAAGGUCAACCGGGGCCCCUGACAUACAACCGUACCCUGGCUGAUGGCGCGAACAUGUUCGCUCGGGCGCUGAAGCCAUACGGAGACGGAGUUGUGAUGUACAGAGCCUUCGUUUACAACCAUCACUUGGAUGAAUCUAAGUGGAAAAAUGAUCGUGCCAAUGCCGCUGUCGAGUAUUUCAAAGAGCUUGAUGAUCAAUUUGAUGACAAUGUCAUUGUUCAAAUUAAGUGGGGGCCCAUUGACUUUCAAGUUCGCGAGCCUCCGUCUCCCUUGUUAGCCAACUUGCGCAAAACAAAGGUUGCGAUCGAGUUUCAGGUUGCCCAAGAAUAUCUCGGACAGCAGUCGCAUUUUGUUUAUAUGGCACCACUCUGGAAAGAGAUUCUCGACUUCGAUAUGAGGAUUGACGGAAAACCAUCCGCUAUCCGAGAUAUCGUCUCUGGUGAUCGUCUGAAUUGGAGUCGAAGCGGCUAUACGACCGUCCUCAAUAUUGGCGAUGACAAUACCUGGAUUGGACACCAUCUUUCAUUGUCUAACCUGUAUGCAUACGGGCAUAUGACCUGGGACCCUCACUCGGACCCAGCCUCUAUUAUCCAGGACUGGGCUCGUCUCACUUUUAGUUUGAACAAAACGGUUGUUGAUACGGUAACGAAGAUUUCAAUGGAGUCCUGGCCAACCUAUGAGAACUAUAGUGGAAAUCUCGGCAUCCAAACACUUUGUGAUAUCAUUUACACACACUACGGACCAAGUCCAGGAUCUCAAGACGGAAAUGGAUGGGGUCAAUGGACUCGUGCCAACGCCACUUCGAUUGGUAUGGACCGUACGGUUGCGACGGGAUCUGGAAACACUGCUCAAUAUCCCCAGGAAGUCGCCAAAAUGUAUGAGAGCAUAGAGACAACACCUGAUAACCUGUUACUUUGGUUUCAUCACGUCCCAUAUACACACCGUUUGAAGUCUGGGAAGACUGUGAUUCAACAUUUCUAUGAUGCGCAUUACGAGGGCGCAGCCCACGCGCAAAGCUUCCCAACUGAGUGGGCAAAGCUGAAGGGUUUAAUUGACGAUUAUCGCUUUGAAAAUGUGGCCUUCAAAUUGCAAUAUCAGGCAGGUCAUGCGAUUGUCUGGCGGGACUCGGUCAACAAUUUCUACCAUGGCAAGUGUGGAAUCGCUGAUGAGAAGGGAAGAGUCGCAAACUAUCCAUGGCGCAUCGAAGCCGAGAACAUGCGUUUAACUGGCUACAAAGUUGUCUCUGUCACGCCUGCAGAGGCCGCAUCUGGUGGAAAGGCCAUUGUGGCAGAAUCAAAUCAGAUUCCUGGUACUGCCAAAGUCGAAGUACCUUUCCCGUCAGGCACAUACGACAUCGCAGUUAAUUAUUUCGAUCACCUGGGUGGUGUGUCCAAGUAUGAGAUCUUUUUGAAUGAUCAAUUUGUCGGAAACUGGACUGGUGAUCUGCCAUCGAAGCUGGGACAUGACUUUUCGGAGUUACUGGAUGGCCAUUCAGCAACUCGUGUCACUUUCCGAGGUGUACCAGUAGCAAAGGGUGAUAUUUUCAAGAUCGUUGGUCAGCCAGAUGGGAAGGAGCUUGCCCCGCUAGACUAUGUUUCUUUUUUGCCCGAGGGUAUUGUCGAUUAG